UGAAUCUGAAUCUUAUUCUUCUUCUAUUGUGACACACACCACCAUCAUAACCUUAUAAAUAACACAUAAAAGAAACUGAAUUUCCACAAACAAAAAACAUAUCAUGGACACUGUCACAAGCAUGGUAGGUGAAAAGCCAGUGGUGAUAUUCAGCAAGAGCACUUGUUGUUUGAGCCAUUCUGUAACAUCACUGAUGCGUAGCUUUGGAGCCAACCCUAUUGUUUAUGAGCUCGAUAAGAUCGCAAACGGUUCGCAGAUUGAGAGUGAGUUGCUUCAAAUGGGGUGCAAACCAAGUGUGCCUGCUGUUUUCAUAGGACAACAGUUCAGAGGUGGUUCUAAGAAAAUUAUGAGUCUUCAUGUGAGGAAUGAGUUAGUACCUAUGUUGAAGGAGGCUGGUGCUAUUUGGAUUUGAAGAGAGUCAUGGAUUAAUAUAUAGUUACAUUAAUAUUUAAGAGAUGAAUAAGGGACUUUAUAGGUAUAAAGUUGUUGAUGUUACUUAAUUAACAUGAUUUUGUAGCUGGUAUGCUUAGUUAUAAGAUGAUAUAUAUUAUAUAUAGAGCCUAAAGUUUUUGUAGUUUAUUGUUUAUUUUCUUUCAUGGAUCAAUCCACAUCCAGGCUCCUUUUGAUUUCUAAUUUUCC